AUGUCGGCUCCGUGGCCGGGCUGCGCGCCCUCUUUUUCGGACAUCUGUUCCGUCCUGGGUACCUUGCUCUUGUUGCUGCUGAGUCUGUUGUUGAUGCGCCAUCUGCUGAAGCAGAAGAGACCCCAGGGUUUCCCGCCUGGACCCGCCGCCCUACCUCUUAUAGGAAGCGUCUUCUCCCUCAUCACCGAGCCGCAUGUCUUCAUGAAAAAACAGAGUGAAGUUCAUGGGCAGAUUUUCAGUCUUGACCUUGGUGGUAUAUCAACUGUUAUCAUCAAUGGGUAUGAUGCAAUCAAGGAAUGCCUUGUUCAUCAGAGUGAUAAUUUUGCAGAUAGGCCAUCUCUGCCUCUCUUCAAAAAAUUGACAAACAUGGGAGGGCUUUUGAACUCCAAAUAUGGUCGUGGUUGGACUGAUCAUCGUAAGGUCACUGUGAAUUGCUUUCGCUGCUUUGGACCGGGUAAAAAGAGCUUUGAAAACAAAAUUUCUGAGGAAUGUAUGAUUUUUUUGGAUGCUAUUGACACCUACAAAGGAGAGCCAUUUGAUGCUAAGUGCCUUGUAACUAAUGCAGUUUCCAACAUCACAAACUUGAUCAUUUUUGGAGAGCGGUUCACAUAUGAUGACACUGAUUAUCAGCAUAUGAUUGAGAUAUUUAGUGAAAAUAUUGAAUUGGCUGCCAGUGUUUGGACAUUUCUGUACAAUGCUUUCCCUUGGAUUGGGCUACUACCAUUUGGAAAACAUCAACGUUUGUUCAAAAAUGCAGCUGAAGUUUACAACUUUUUGCUGAAGAUAAUACACCGUUUUUCCCAAAACAGAACCCCUCAAAAACCUCGGCAUCUCAUUGAUUCAUAUCUGGAUGAACUAGAAAAGAAUAUUAAUGAUCCUGAAUCUUCCUUUUCAAAAGAAAACUUAAUUUUUACUGUUGGAGAACUCAUUAUAGCUGGAACAGAGACUACAACUAAUGCACUUAGAUGGGCAAUCUUGUACAUGGCACUGUAUCCAAACAUUCAAGAAAAAGUCCAUCAGGAAAUUGACAUUAUUGUGGGUAAAAACCAAAUACCUUCCCUGGAAAACAAGUCACAGAUGCCAUACACAGAGGCAGUACUGCAUGAAGUUCUGAGAUACUGCAACAUAGCACCACUUGGUAUUUUCCGUGCAACUUCCAAGAAUACUAUUGUUCGAGGCUAUUCCAUUCCAAAGGGAACCACAGUUAUAACGAAUCUUUAUUCUGUACAUUUUGAUGAAAAAUAUUGGAAUUCUCCUCAUCUGUUUUGUCCUGAAAGAUUCCUAGACAAAAAUGGGCAAUUUGUGAAGAAAGAAGCAUUUGUUCCAUUUUCUAUUGGUCGAAGACACUGUCUUGGAGAACAACUUGCAAGAAUGGAGCUAUUUCUGUUUUUCACCAUGCUGUUACAAAGAUUUCAUAUUCAUUUUCCACCAGGAACUAUUCCAAAUCUGAAGCCUAAAUUGGGAAUGACAUUACAACCUCAUCCAUAUCUUAUUUCAGCAGAAAGACGCUGA